CGGAAGAGACGCGACUGUAGACUUUAAGAUCGUGAUUUAUUCACAAAAGAUAAAAAUUCGUGCCGUUAUGUACAAAACAAGACUAUCGCAAUUUGCGAAAACAAAUCGUUUCAGCUGCAACGUCAUACGCAGGCGUUUUUAUCGCAAGUUCGAAAACACCUUUUUAAAAAUAUUACUUGUACGAAGUAUGGUGUCGACGAAAGCGCGUUGAGAUCUAAUUCCUUUUAGAAGAAAGAAUACGUUAUAAGCUUCUGUUUUCUCAGCCAUCAAAUUUCUAUAAGGUGGCACUCGUGGGUAGCCUGCAAGAUGGUUGGGGAGUCGGUACAAAAAAAGAUGCCGGAUAAAAUUACUAUCGACGACUUUCCUAUUUUAAAGUCAAAACAUGUUUAUAUCAAGGAUACAAACGCUACAAUAAAUAUUAUUAAUAUUAUGCUACGGGGUGGAGCAGACCAUUUACAGAUUGUCACAGAUUUUGACUUAACACUAACCAAACAACAUGUUGAUGGCAAAUUGGUGCUCAGCAGCUUUGGUUUAUUUGGAAAAUGUAAUCAAUUACCAUCCGAGUAUACGAAUGAGUCUAGACGAUUAUAUCACAAAUACAGACCUAUAGAAAUUGAUCCAAAUUUAUCUCUAAAAGAAAAAAUAGAAGCCAUGAGCGAUUGGAUGAUUGCUGCUGAAAAAUUAUUAAAAGGAAUAGAAUUUGAUCCAAAAGAAUUGUCUGAAGUUGCAGAAAAAUACGGUACACCUUUACGCGAUGGUACCAAAGAAUUCUUGGAAAAAUUAAAUAAUGCUAACAUACCAGUUCUUGUAUUCAGUGCUGGUUUAGGGGAUGUUGUAGAAGCUAUUCUAAAAUGUCAUAAAGUUUUCUUUAAUAAUGUUAAAAUUAUAUCGAAUUUUCUUAAAUAUAAUGGUACAAAAAUAGAUGGAUUCAAAAACAAAAAACUGAUACAUGUUUUUAAUAAAAAUGAACAUGCUCUUGAACAAGAAUAUUUUAAAGUUAUUGAAGGAAGACGACAUGUAUUACUAAUGGGUGAUACAACUGGAGAUGCAAAUAUGGUAAAUGGUAUGGAUGAUACAGUAGCAGUUUUAAAAAUUGGAUUUUUGUAUGAUAAAGCAGAAGAAAAUCUGGCUAAUUAUAUGGAGGAGUUUGAUAUUGUAUUAGUGGAUGAUCAAACGAUGCACGUGGCAACAGAAAUAUUAAGAACUAUAUUAAAAUAAUUAUAUUAAGGUUUAGAAAUUAUUUAUAAUUUCUUUUUUCUUGCAAUGAACAAGAGUUGACAUAAAAACAGUGUACAAAAGUUUUUGUAUUAAGUGUGUUCCACGCAGGGUGUGAAGCCCAAAUUCACUUAUUAAAUACUUUGUUAUGUAUAUUUUAAUGUAUUUAUGUUUAAAUAGAAAUUUUAUAAACUUUAAAAGAAUUAAUUAUCAUUAUUCCGUCACACUGACUUACCAGUUCAUAAAGAUCAUGCUAAUUUCUUCAUAAAUUAAAGAUAUUGCCAUUUUGAUGAAUUUUUAGUUUCACUGCUUUGCAGUAUUAUGCGAUUUUUUUUAUUGUGUGUGAAAUGUUAUAUUUUAAAUUAAGUUUUAUGUAAGUUUUAAUUUGAUGUAAAAAAAAUUAAAUAUUUCAGAAUUAAUAGUUUUUUAAAUUUAUCUUACAUUGCUUUUACUCUUUGAUAAUGUAUUUUUACAUAUCAGUUGAUCAUUUUCAAAGAAUGUAAAAUAUGUUUAAAAUACGUUAAAAAGAGUACUUACAAAUAUAUGUGUAAUAAACAUACA